AUGUGUGAUAACAGUAGCCCAGCCAACAGUGUGAUAACAUUACCCCCACCAAACUGUGUGAUAACAGUACCCCCACUCAACAGUGUGAUAACAAUUCCCCCACCCAACUGUGUGAUAACAGUCCCCCCACUCAACUGUGUGAUAGCAGUACCCCCACCCAACUGUGUGAUGGCAAUACCCCCGCCCAACUUUGUGAUAAAAGUACCCCCACCCAACUGUGUGAUAAAAGUAUCCCCACCAAACUGUGUGAUAACAGUACCCCCACCCAAGUGUGUGAUAACAGUACCCCCACCCAACAGUGUGAUAACAUUACCCCCACCCAACUGUGUGAUAGCAGUACACCCACCCAACUGUGUGAUAACAGUACCACCACCCCAAUGUGUGAUAACAGUACCCCCACCCAAUUUUGUGAUAACAUUACCCCCACCCAACUGUGUGAUAACAGUACCCCCACCCAACUGUGUUAUAACAGUACCCCCACUCAUCAGUGUGAUAACAGUUCCCCCACCCAACUGUGUGAUGACAGUACCCCAACCCAACUGUGUGAUAAAAGUAUCCCCACCAAACUGUGUGAUAACAGUACCCCAACCCAACUGUGUGAUAACAGUACCCCCACCCAACUGUGUGAUGGCAAUACCCCCACCCAACUUUGUGAUAAAAGUACCCCCACCCAACUGUGUGAUAACAGUAACCCAACCCAACUGUGUGAUGACAGUAUCCCCACCCAACUGUGUGAUAACAGUACACCCACCCAACUGUGUGAUGGCAAUACCCCCACCCAACUUUGUGAUAAAAGUACCCCAACCCAACUUACCCCCACCCAACUGUGUGAUAACAGUACCCCCACCCAACUGUGUGAUAACAUUACCCCCACCCAACUGUGUGAUGACAGUACCCCCACCCAACUGUGUGAUAACAGUACCCCCACCCAACUGUGUGAUAACAGUACCCCCACCCAACUGUGUGAUGACAGUACCCCCACCCAACUGUGUGAUGAUAGUAACCCCACCCAACUGA